AUGAAAGAUUUUGUCGACGCAUUACAAGCCGAAGUGGAGCUGCGGGAAUGCCACAAAUUAGCGGUCGGAGAGAAAGAAGAAGAUCAACGAAGAAGACGACGGGAACCGGGAACAGCUAGCGGGUUGUUUGCCAGCCGAAACAACCGAUUGUUUUGUGCUUUCUGCUGUGGAGAGCACAAGCAUGAAGAAUGUACCAAGGUAACAGGGCGGCAAGAACGGAUGCAACUUCUUCGUAAGUUCAAACGAUGUUUCAUUUGUUUAAAUAAGGGACAUGUAGCUAAAGAUUGUCGUGCACGUAUUAAAUGUAGUGUAUGUGGGGAGGGUCAUCAUGUUUCCAUAUGUGAUAAGAGUAAUAAUAACCAGAAGGAUGAAAGAAAUAGUCGGGAAGAAAGUGGACAGGUUAGUGUAGCUAAUGUCCAUGUUAGUACUAGAAGUAGAGUGGCUCUUCAAACUGCGCAGGGAGUACUUAUAGGAAAGGGUAAGACAAGAGUGCGAGUGCUUUUCGACUCGGGAAGUCAGAAAUCCUUUGUGACGUGUGACGCGAAGAGGUGUGCCAAGCUUAACGUUGCCAGGCGAGAAUGGUUGGAAGUUAAUACAUUCGGUGGUGGAAGUAACAAGGGUAGAAUGACAGAGGUUGUUCAGUGCGAGGUAUCGGCAGUUCAAGGAGGUCGUAAAAUACGCGUAGAGGCUUUAGUAGUUCCUCAUAUUUGCGCGAUCAAAAAUGAGCAUCUUGAGGUAGAUAAGAGCAAGUAUUCGCAUUUGAAGGAUUUGUGGUUGUCAGACGUUAAUUUGAAGCAGGACACGUUAGAUGUUGAUGUUUUGAUAGGUGCGGAUAACCUUUGGGCAUUUCAACAAGGGGAGAUAAUUAGGGGCAAGGAUGACGAACCCGUUGCCAUCAAUACUUGUUUAGGUUGGGUAAUAAGCGGUCCACUGAAAGGGAGCUCGAACUUGAAAAACGCACACGUUAAUUUAGUUUCACAGAUUGCAACACAAAACGCAGACAGCAUUAAUGGGGAUGUGAGUAAAUUGUGGGAUUUAGAAACGCUUGGAGUAAGAGAGACUAAUGACGUGCAUGAAGCAUUGCUUGACAAAAUAGAGUUCAAUGGGUCAAAAUAUGUAGUAAAAUUGCCAUGGAAACAGGGUCAUGAGCACUUACCGUCAAAUUAUUCAAAUAGUUUAGCACGCAUGAAAGGGCAGAUAAAGAGGUUGUCAAGUGAGCCAUCAUUGUUGAAAGAAUAUGAUAAAAUUAUAAAGGAACAGCUAGAAACGGGUGUUAUAGAAAGGGUAGAUGAGUCUGAACAUGGGAUAAAUGUUCAUUACCUUCCCCAUCAAGCCGUAAUACGUAAAGAGGCCAAAACAACCAAAUUGAGAAUUGUUUAUGACGCAUCGUCAAAAGAGGGUAAGAGAGGGACUUCUUUGAAUGACUGUCUUCAUGUAGGACCACCACUAACGCCGUUGUUGUUUGACAUAUUAAUUAGAUUUAGGGAGAGCAGAGUGGCCUUGGUAGGAGACAUUGAGAAAGCCUUUUUGAACGUAGAAGUAGACGAAGCAGACAGGAACUAUUUGAGAUUUUUGUGGGUCAGAUAUGCGACUAAUGGUAAUUUAGAGGUUGUAGCGUUUAGGUUUUAUAGAGUAGUGUUUACACUAAAUGCAUCGCCCUUCUUGCUUAACGCCACGCUUAGACAUCACAUUGCGCAAUUUGCAGAAUCAGAUCCAGUGCUUGCUCAGAAAUUGAAUGAGGGGUUUUACGUUAAUGAUCUAGUUUCGGGGGGUAAAAGCGCACAGGAAACAAUCCAGUUGUACGAGAAUGCGAAAUUUAGGAUGUCCCAAGGCGGGUUUAAGUUAAAAAAAUGGCUUACGAAUGAUGGAAACGUGCAAGCGCCUAUAGAGCAACGUGAAUGCGGAAACAAAGUGACGACGACUACAGAUUCAGACGACGAGACAUUCACACAAUGGAGUUUGGGGGCUCUAAAUAACAAUGACUGCGCAAAAGUUUUAGGUAUAGGCUGGGAUUGUGACAAUGACCUGUUUACGUUUGAUGUACGAAAGUUUGUGGAAGACUUAGGUGAUAAGACGAAACUAACAAAAAGAAGCCUGCUUAGCGCAUUAGCAAAGAUAUUUGAUCCGUUGGGUUUAAUUAGUGCCGUUAUUAUUUUGAUGAAGAUUUUGUUUCAACAAUUGUGUGUUGAUAAGGUUGAUUGGGAUGACAAAAUAGAGGGUAAGCACGCAAAGAUAUACUUAGAGUGGAUUGAGGAUUUAGUUAGGGUUCAAAGAAUUAAAAUUAAUAGAUGCGUUUACAGUGAGGUAAUCGAAAGAGUCGAGUCGUGCGAACUCCAUGGAUUUGGCGACGCAAGUGAGAAGGCUUAUUGCGCAGUAGUGUAUUUUGUUUGUCGCACAAGCUCUACCGUUCAUGUAAAAUUAUUGGCAGCGAAAACUAGAGUUGCACCACUUAAGAAACUGACGAUUCCACGUUUAGAGCUUAUGUCUGCGCUUAUGUUAGCUAAAUUGGUAGAGUCAGUAGGGAAAGCUUUAGAAGGGCAGGUAGGAAAACUGAAGACAAGAUAUUGGUUAGAUAGCAUCACUGCUUUGUAUUGGAUUCAGAAUAGAGGUGAAUGGAAGCAGUUUGUGAGACAUAGAGUGAAUGAGAUACUAUCAUUGACGAGUAAGGAAAGCUGGGGGCAUUGUCCAGGGGUAGAAAAUCCUGCAGACUUAGGUAGUCGCGGGGUGUUUGCGUCAAAGCUAGAAGAGGAUUCAAUUUGGUGGAAUGGACCAAAUUGGUUGAGCAGUCUAGAGCAGGAAUGGCCUCAGUCUGUAGUGAGUAAGGCCGAGGAGAGUGUUCAAGAAGAAAGAAAGGUGGCUGUGUUAGUAGUAGACGCUAGUGAGAAAUUUGGUAUAGACCAGAUUAUCUGUAUAGAUAGAUACAGUAGGGUGGAAAGGUUAUUUCGUAUAACAGCAUGGGUUGCACGGUUUGUCAGGAAUUUGAUUGCUAGGACCAAAGGGAAGCAUGAGGAUUUGACUUUCACGGAGUUAGGGAGUCAGGAGUUACAGAAAGCAGAAAGACUUUGGAUAAAGGCUUCACAGGACAGGUUAAAGAAGGAAGAUAAGUUUAAGCAGUUAGAGGUACAGCUCAACGUAGUAGAAAAGGAUGGGUUGUUAAAAUGUCAGGGUAGGCUAGCAGAGUCAGAUUUGGAAGAGGAAACAAAAUUUCCUACUUUACUACCAAAGGAAGGUCGAUUGACAGAAUUAAUAGUUGAGCACAGCCACAGGAAGGUACAUCAUAGUGGGGUAAGGGCUACUUUGGCUGAGAUAAGGUCUAGAUUUUGGAUUCCCCAAGGAAGACAAAGGGUAAAAUCGAUUCUCAACAAAUGUAUCGUGUGCAAGAAAUUAGAGGGUAAAUCAUACAAUAGACCUAGCGAAGCAAACCUUCCAGCAUUUAGAGUAGAGCAAUCAGAACCAUUUUCGAAAACAGGGGUAGAUUUUGCAGGACCAUUAUAUGUGAAGAAUGCACCGGGGGGCACAGAUAAGGUUUAUAUCGCAUUAUUUUCAUGUUGUGUAACUAGGGCCUUACAUUUAGACUUAGUAAAAGAUUUGUCUGCGGAUGAAUUUGUGAGAUGCCUAAGACGAUUUGCAGCUAGAAGGGGGACCCCAUCAUUAAUGGUGUCAGACAAUGCAAAAACGUUCAAAGCAACAGUCAAGACUUUAGAAAACCUCUAUAAAAAUGAAAGAAUGCAAGGGUAUUUGGGAAACAAUAGGAUAGAGUGGAAAUUCAAUCUAGAAAGAGCUCCCUGGUGGGGUGGAUUUUUUGAAAGGAUGGUUAGGUCAGUGAAGAGGUGCUUGAAGAAGGUAUUAGGAAAUGCUAGGUUGACAUUUGACGAACUACUGACAGUAUUGGUAGAAGUUGAGGCAACAUUAAAUUCUAGGCCAUUGACUUACACGUACGACGAGGUGGGUAGUGAACCACUAACUCCGUCGCAUUUGGUGACGGGAAGAAGAUUGUUGUCCAUGCCAGACGAAGGGUCUAGUGAAGAGGAGUCUGACGUGGGUUACUGUAAAAAACGGUAUCAGUAUUUGAGUAAGAAAAAAAUGCAUUUCUGGAAUAGGUAA